AUGCCCUCCACCUCCCCACCCCUCGACACAUCCAUCUACCCCGGCGGCAAAAAGUCCCUCGCGGGAAUCUCCCUGCGCGCGUUCCUCAUCGGCACCACCCUCGGCCUCUCCGCCUCGCUCGCCCUCACGCUGCGCCUCUUCUCCACCACCCCCCUCUGGCGCAUCCCCUUCUUCCUCGCCUCGCUCUGCCUCUUCCACUUCCUCGAAUACUACGUCACCGCCGCCCACAACACCCGCCACGCCUCCGUCUCCGCCUUCCUCCUCUCCUCCAACGGCUGGGCCUAUAACCUCGCCCACACCUCCGCCGCCCUCGAGUGCCUCCUCGCCCACGUCCUCUUCUGGCCCCGAGAGAGCUACUUCGCCUGGUCCGGGCCCGUCUUCGCCGGCCUCAAGAUCCAGCUCGUCCUGGGCCUGCUGCUCAUGGCCGUCGGCCAGACCACCCGCACCCUCGCCAUGGCCCAGGCCGGCAGUAACUUCAACCACACGGUCCAGGUCGAGCGCAAGGACGGCCACACGCUCGUCACCCACGGCGUGUACGCCCUGCUGCGCCAUCCCAGCUACUUCGGGUUCUUCUGGUGGGGCCUGGGCACGCAGCUGGUGCUGGGCAAUGUGGUCUGCUUCGUGGGGUAUUUGGUCGUGCUGUGGAAAUUCUUUAACAGUCGCAUCCAGCGAGAGGAACGCUUCCUGAUCGCCUUCUUCGGCGACGAAUACGUCCAGUACAAGAAGAGGUCGAUUGUCGGGAUCCCGGGCAUCUGGUGA